UUAGUCGCAUCAAAUGGAACAAAACCGCUAGUACUAUAGUUGAUCGACUACACUACACAUUAGCGCAAAUUCCAAUAACAUGCAAAUUCCAAUAACCAACGAUCCUGUUGAAUGUCCGCAGUUCCAGGAAUUGCUGUGCAACAGCUUUGGCAGAAAUAUCGAUAGUUUCAGGAGUGCCUUGAGUCAUGGCGCCGACGUAAAUAAGCGUGAAUCUGGUGAUAAAUAUUCCAUCUUCGAGAAGGCUUGUGCGACUCCCAACUGCGACGAUUACAUAAAAGCAUGCCUUGAUCAUGAAGCUUCCGUAACGAUAAUUAAUCCAACGCAGAAAACUUUUCCAAUCCAUCUAGUAGCUCUCUGCUGCAGUGAUGAAAACAUGAGAGCUCUGCUAACAUCGCCGGACGUCGUAGUCGAUCAGAAGUAUCAAGACCGAACCGCCCUGUACUUACUGUUCGAAAAUAUCAACGAAGAUAACCAUCAAAAAGCUUUCGAGUGCAUCAAGUUGUUACUGGUCGCAGGUGCCAACAUAAAUGCAGUACAAAAGGACAACGUGUCUCCAGUACAGUUAUUGCUGGAGAAGGUUGCCAACGGUCAGGUUCCGUCUGGCGAAAAUGAGUGGCCCAAGGAUGUGUUGCAGUACUGCCUUAAAGAGAGUGCGGUAAAUUUAUGCCUUAACGACGGCAAAGCGCAAACGUUGAUCAAACAGUGUUUUCCAACCUUGGCAAAGGAAUAUGGCAUGGAUAUGGCGUAUCCCAAAGGAUAUGGCAUGAGCACCGUGACCGUCGAGGGGUUAAAGGACAUACUUUCCAGUGGCACGAUGGAUGAAUUUAAUCAAAUUUUCGAAGAGUUCAAGAACUGUUCAAGAACUCUUAAUGAUGAAGAGCUUAAAGAUAUGUUAGACAUAGCAGUAGUUUCCGACAAGUUGAAAGCCGCCGAGUGUUUAGUAAGUCCACGAUUGGAUGCCAUCAAUGAAACGAUACCAGAAAAUCUGUUGGAGAUAUUACUCCCAGGUCUACUAGAAAAGUGUUGCAACCGUGGAUUCUACAGCGUGUUGGAAUGGCUUUUAAAGAUCAUUCCUCAAACUGCCCGAGACUUCAUCAAUAAGGAACCGCUGCUGUGUAUUUUAAUCAAACGAAUGUAUGCAAAAGUUUAUUUGAAGAAUCGCUCUUUUAGUGAUUGCUUUUACCUAUUGCUGCAAGAUCAUCGAAUAGAGAUUGAUAAGCCUGAUGAGGCAUCACAUCGAACUGCCCUGCACUACGCAGUAAUGUACAAAAUGCAACCCGUUCAACUGGCACUUCUCGGUAAAGGUGCACAGCUUGGCUUGAGGGAUAUCUUACGGAACUUUUGUGAGAUAGAUCCCAUUCUUUUGGAAAAACACUUCGAUACUCGUCUGAGCAAAACCAUCGUUUGCGACUCGUCUGAGCAAAACCAGCGUGAUGAGGAAUUUGAUGUGACUAUAGAUCUUUCUGAUUUCACCAAAUCAACAUCCGCCACUAGCGAAAUAAACUGUCAGAGUGAAAUUUAUCCUAUACUUCAACUGGCGCAACAUCCAGCCAACAAACGCCUUCUUCAGCAUCCACUUAUUUCCAUUAUUUUACAAUUGAAAUUGGAGUACUUGUGGCAAGCAAAUUUGGUAUAUUUUGUGUACCAUUGUAUACACUGGAUAUGUUUAACAUGGUUUAUGGUUUAUUGCAAUGACAUCCUAGGGCUAGGACGGAUGAUUGAUACAUCAAUUAUGAUCUUUGUAGCUGUAUACACAAUUGGACGGAUGGUGAUGAGUUGCGCUAUAGACAAAGAACAUUUCCUGCAAAGAUGCGAAAACUGGCUACAAAUUAUGCUAAUUAUAGUACUCAUUUGCGCCAUCGUCGUAAAAGAAUCAUUUGCAGUUCACGAAGAAAUAUAUCGAUCGUGUUGUGCUACCGCGGUUAUGCUACUGUCUGUUGAGUUCACCGUCGUUCUUGGGAAGGUUUCUUUCCUCGGUAUCUCGACUAACCUCAUCAUGCUGAAGACGAUAUCGAUUAACUUUUGCAAAUCGUUGAUAUCGUUCCCGAGCAUUUUGAUAGCAUGGGCACUCGUGUUCCACAUUCUGUUUAAACAUCGACAUCAUACGGAUCCCGCAACGUUAGAUAAAAUAGAAAUACAAAAGCACAAUACAGUUGAACAACUCACCGGGAAUAAUGAAUUCAGUAAGUUCCAAACAGUCUGGCUGGCACUGACAAAAACAAUGGUAAUGAUGACCGGAGAAUUCGAUGCAACGAAUAUACCGUUUGCGGAAAGUGUGUUCAAAAAUGUUUUAUUCUUGAUGUUUGUAAUUUUUGUCGCCUUGGUUCUGAAUAAUUUCAUCAACGGUUUGGCGGUCGAUGAUACAAUAACCAUGAGAGCUGAAUCUGAAUACAUCAGUCUCAAACAGAAAAUAUUCCUGAUACAUCGUCUUGAAACCAUUUUAAACCUACGUAGGACAUGGGCCAACUACAUUUCUAGUACUUUGAAUUGGCCUUGGCUGUCCCAAGAAAAUACUACUAUUAACUUACCGCCCUCCAUCAAAAUUCUACAAAAUUCCCCAAACACGAAUGCCCAAUAUGGUGAUAUUUUGAAACGUUCGCAAGAAAUAUUGAAUUCAUAUGCAGAACCGUACUACGUUAAUGCUGAGACAACGAAUAAUCUAAAUGAUAGUGCGGCUAGAUAGCUAGUGAAGAUCUACUCAAAUUUAUAUAGUAGUUGUUGAUGCUGUUAAUCGUAUUACAAUAGGAUCGACGGAUAAUAGGGAGUAUAUCUGUCCGGCCACAUGAAGGCCACAUGUUUACGAUUACAAUGUAAGUUCUUAUUUGCUGCUACAGAAACAAAAUCUAAAAAAAAGAAAAAAAUAUUCAGAAAUCAAUUUAUUUCUCUUCGAUUUAUGUUUUCGAGCACGUUUCACAUUUCGGUUUUAUAUUUUUGCAGCCACACGAAGCGUAUACCUCGUGUACCGGCACAUGGUGCUCAAAAUCAUUUGUUUUUUAUUAUAUUGUUUGUUUUUUUAUAAGCUUGCAAACUUCUGCUUUAAACUCCUUGUAUUCUUGUUCUUCUGUUAGAUGUAUUAAUAGAUUGUCUAUUUUUUCAAGCUUAACGCGCUCCACAUCUAACCGCCCACUGGCGUUCGGUACUGCGACCUCUAGCAGCUCAAAAAUUUGGUCAGAAUAUUUGAUUAUAUUAGGAUGAAGACGUUCGUCUAUUCGCGAACCCACCCAAUGAACGAUGGUCUGAAGUGUGCGUUGCAGCUCUGUUAAGCGAUGGGGUAUCAAUGCUGGAAGAUUGUCCAGUUUUUCGAAUAAAUCCGUAACUUCUUCCGUUCCCAUAUGAGAAACCUGAUGAAAAAGUAAAAACAUUUAAAACAGUGCCGUCAAACAUGAAACAGAAAUAUGAGUUGGGGACAAAACAUUGACGCAGAUAUAAAAUGUGUUGUAUACAUAGUUUCGCUUUUCCUUUAGUGUUUCAUUGCACAAUUCACGUUUAAAGAUAUAGAAGCUAGAUAUUGCUUUUUGCAGCACAUAUUUAGUUACGUUAGUAAAGAUAUACUUACUGCCAUUAUGGUCGCAAAAUGUAAUAAAUUCCUCGGUCGUGAGUGUGCCGAUGGUCGUGAUGUUUAUGUUUUAUAUGGUAAUAUCGAAAACACGAUAUGUCAAAACCGUGGAAAAACAAAACAUGUCUUUUACUGGGGGGCUACAUGAGGCGUAACGUAAUGUUUUUGACAUUACAGAUUAAUAGCAAACUGCUGCGCUUCUGUCAAAACGUUUACGGGUCGGCCGAGGCGUAAACCCCGAGCGUAAAUACUUUUCGCAUACGCUUUGCUUACAAACAGAGGAUAGUUUAAGUUCUUAUUUGCUGGUAUAGCAAUAAAAUCGAAAAAAAACAAGAAAAAAAUAUUCAAAAAUCAAUUUAUUUCUCUUCUAUUUCUAUUUUCUCGGACCAAAACACGAACGUAAACACGUUUAACAUUUGGUUUUUAA